CAUGAAUCAGCCCCAGUUGGUCAACAACACCAAUGUCUCAUGAAAAUACUUCUGUUUUUAUUCUUCCCAUUUUUUGUAAACCUCUGAGAACUGGCAAAUGUGUUCCUGUCCAAUGUCUGUGAGUUUGUACACAUAAGGUUCUUUCUGUUGGUCUUGGUCCUAUGCAGGAAUUCACCGCUGUUUGGGUAAGGGAUCCUCGUAUCCAGAAGGAGGAUUUCUGGCAUGCUUACAUGGAUUAUGAAAUCUGUAUACACACAAAUAGUUUGGCCUUCACUAAGAAGAGUUCUUGUGUGCGGCGGAGGUACAGUGAGUUUGUGUGGCUAAGAAAAAAGCUACAGGAAAAUGCCAUGCUCAUAACGCAUCUACCCAAACUUCCUCCAAAGAACCCGUUCUUCAGUCUCAACAAUGCCAGAGAAAUUGGUGCCCGAAUGGAGGGGCUCAGGAAGUUUCUUGAAGUGGUCGUUCACAGCCCAGUGCUGCUCUCAGACAGUUGCUUGCACCUGUUCCUACAGUCCCAACUGAGUGUGAAAAAAAUCAAGGCCUGUGCUGAGGGCAGGAGCCGCUACACUGUUUCUGAAGCCAUCCACAAUUUUGGCUCAGGAAUCAAACGUUUUGAAUCUGACUCUGAAGAGAAUGUCGAGGAGGAAGAAGACUGUUAAUCAGAGUGAUUGAGUUAUAUAUAUAUAUAUAUAUAUAUAUAUAUCAUGUUAUACUGCAUAUUAUCUGUACUGAUGAAUCUGUAUAACCUAAUAAAAUAAUAAAUUAUUUAA